UAAACAUUAUUUAUUCUUAUACUAAUUUUGAAGUACUUAAGUUACAUUAAAAUGAAAGAUUACGAAUAAAAAUUCUUGUUUGGUUUAACGUUGCUAUGACGAUGCUUUUGUUCCAAACGUUUACCAAUACAAUAGCUCAUAUCUAGGGAAGCAUAUUUCUUAGUAGUUGCACUGACUUCUAAACUAUGUCGGAGGAACUUCAAAAAGCAGGACUUUAUAUAGACGAUAUAUAUCGGUUACGCGUGCAGGAUCCUCGCAUUGCUACUGAGACCAACGAGUUACGUGAAGAAUGUCUGGAAUAUGCAAACAAACUACAAGAGUUCAAAAAAUUGGCAGCAGACUUCCAUAAAAUAGUUUCUAAAAUAUCCAAGGAUGUGGAAAGAGAAAAGUUACGUGCAAUAGGCACACAAAAUAUUCUUAAGACCAUAGCACAACAACGCCAGGCGGAACAGCAAGUUUAUCAGAGCAAAAUACAUGAGAAGAACACCGAACUGGAUCGUUUGAAAAGCGAAUAUCAAUAUUUGCAGCGAAUCGAGGCCGAGCAACAGGAAACCAUCAACAAUUUUUUGCUUAAUCAAUAAACUGUACACGUACAAAUAGCAAG